AUGGCGAACGCUCUCUUCGGUAAGAACAAAAUAGGAAUUGUUGAUGGAACACUAUCGAUGUCGUCUGUUGACUCGUCGGAACUCAGUGCAUGGAUGCAUUGCAAUGCAAUGGUGAAGGGCUGGUUAAAGAGUUUGAUGGUCAAGGAUGUUUGUAUUAGCGUACGUUACGUUAAGAGUGCUCGUGUGAUAUGGACAGAUCUUGAGGAGCGAUUCGGAAAAGGUAAUGUGCCUCAUGUAUAUGAACUCCGAAGGCAGGUAGCGAUGAUGCGACAAGAUCGAUCUUCAGCACCCACUUACUACACCAAGCUGAAAAGCUUACGGGAUGAAAUAGAGACGAUCAUCCCAAUGCCUAAGUGCGAGUAUGGUAAAUGCACGUGUGAUAUUGGAAAGCAGCUUAUUGAAAUAAAGGAAUGA